AUGGCCAAGCUUUCCGCCCUCAUCCUCUCCGCUAUUGUCGCAAGCUCUGCUGCUUUCGCCCCACAACAGGCUGUUCUCUCCAAGACUGCCUUGAUGGCCGCCGAUGAUGGAGUCUGGGAUCCUCUGAGCCUCCGAACUCUUGGAACUGGAGAGGCAUUCGACACCUUCCCUAACAUGUUCCCCAAUGAACAAUUUUUGAAGGAAGCCGAACUCAAGCACGGCCGUCAAGCCAUGCUUGCAUGGACCGGUGUCUGGGCUACCACUCAGGGAGGAUUCGGACUUGGACUUCACUUCCCUGGAUUCCCAGAGGAGCCCGACUGGACCAAGGCUCUUGGAGUUUUCGCCUCUGAACAACCAGCUUGGUUCUUCGGUAUUCUUACCUUCAUCGCCAUCGCCGAGGGAGAGAGUGUAGGUCACAGUGGCGACAACUUCCGAGGCAAGUCCACUAAGACCCCUGGAGAUCUUAACUUUGACUAUCUUGGAAUCAAGAAGAAGGCAUCCCCACAAAAGAUGGCCCGAUAUGAAGAUGUUGAAAUGAAGAACGGAAGAGCAGCUAUGAUCGCCAUGGCUUCUCUUUUCGCACAUGAAGCUCUUCCAGGAUCUGUCCCCAUCAUGGACAUCAUCAGCUAA